AUGUUGGCUCCACGCGUAGCCCGCUCAGCAACCUCGCUGUUACGGCCCUUCACCACAUCAGCUGUGGCCUACCGAUCACCCUCAAUCAGAGAUGUCACAGCCGAUUCGACGGAGGAAUUCCUCCGCCGGCAGAAGGAAUUUCGCGAGAACCUGGAACAGGCUCGCUUGAGAAAAGAACAACAGGUAGAGAGUCAGUCUGUCAAUGCUUCUGUCUCCUCUUCUACCCCUUCCCGUGAGUCCGCUCCCACUGCUCCGAAAGUGAGCAAUGCGAGCAGCAAUAUUCGAACGCGUUCUUUCGAUGCUGCGCAAACAUUGGAUCAUAUGGCAAUGGGCUCACUGUCGAUGCACCGUUAUCUAGGAGAAGAACAUCAGCAGGAUGCCGCGAACAAACGGGGCCCUCUGUCCUCGCUCAUCUACGGUACCAAGGAAGGCCAACACUUUGACAAGGACAUCGAACGCUCCUUUUCGCAAGUGCUGGCGCGUGGUAAAUAUGUUCACUCUAUUGUCAUGCACGACGUCAAGCCGGAUAAGGUCGAUGAAUAUGUGGAGCUGGUGGGCCAGUGGUAUCCACGUAUGGCUGGCACCGAAGAGAACCGCGUCAAUUUGGUCGGCAGCUGGCGAACACAAGUCGGUGACAAUGAUACCUUUAUCCACAUUUGGGAAUACCAACGUUACGAAGGCUACCAUGCCUCGCUUCACAACAUCUCGGAACACCCCGAGUUCCGUGAGUUCGACCGCAAGCUCAAAAGUCUAAUCAAAAGCAAGAAAACGUCCCUCAUGCAAGAGUUCUCUUUCUGGCCUACGACCCCACCCCGUCGUCUUGGUGGCCUGUUUGAGCUCCGGUCGUACACCCUGCACCCGGGCAACUUGUUGGAAUGGGAGACACACUGGCGCCGUGGUCUGACCGCCCGUCGUGAGGUGAUGGAAGGCGUGGGUGCCUGGUUUGUGCAAAUUGGUGACUUGAACACCGUUCACCACCUCUGGCAAUUCGCCAACUUGGAAGAGCGCAAGAUUCGCCGUGAGCAGUCUUGGGGUGUUGAAGGAUGGGCUGAGACUGUACACAAGACAGUACCUCUCAUCCAGACCAUGCAGAGUCGGAUUCUCGUUCCGAUGCCUUGGAGUCCUGUCGGUUAA